UUAUGCAAAACGGAAAAAAGAUAAAUAAAUCUUCAUCUCCAUUAAAAUUGAUUCAGAUGCAGUUUUUCACGUCGCUGGUACUUUAAUACGGACACGCCAAGGAAUUUCAUCGUUUCGAGUUGAGAUUUUUGUUUCCCACGAAUUUUGCGCCUCAAUUGUAACAUUGGAAAGGCAAGAAGCGAGAAUUUAAUCCAUACCACACGUAAAAUCAGCAUAAAAAUAUUGUCUUUGUAUACCUGACGACACAAAAGUUGUCUUUAUGGUGAAAUUCGAUCUUUGGACGAGACGUAAGUCAUUGUGUCUUGAUAAAAGUAGCAGUGGAAGCAGUAGUUGUGGUCAAAGUGUGUCCGUUGCAGAUUCUUUAUACUCAUCUUCAUCGACGUCUUCGCAAAGAACACACCUUGCCAGUUCACCGCCCUAUUUGCCGCAACCGCCAACGCAUUCGACUGCAACUACAGCCCCACUCGAUCUAACAACAGCAAGUAACGCCGUAUCAAGACACACUGAGACUUGCAAUAAAAAUAAUAAUCAUAGUCAAGAGAAUGACAAUAAUUGCGAUGAGCAGCAGCAGCUACAUGGCAAGAACUCCGAGAACAAUGCUAACGAUGGCAACAAUUCUGCUGCGGUGGCAUUUAGUCAAAAUAAUCAUCCACACGAGGAAUUUAUUGCCGAACAAAUAACAAAGACAUCUUCUGCCAAAUCUUCCUACAAAUGGAAAUAUGGCAAAAUUACGACAACAACAAACACAACCGUAACUCACCCAACCGAAGUACGACGAGAUUUGCUGGAACCCUUGCAAAUUCAGAUUCCUACCUGUCUAUCGCAUCAUCUUGAAGAAUCGAUCAUGGACACGCCAUUCCAUCAUUCGUUCAUUGCGACAACGUCAACAUCCAAAAUUAUUCACCAGAUGCCCCCAUCUGCAUCGACAUCGUCAUCAUCAUCGUCCUUAAUUGUUGCAACGCCAUCCACGUCACGCAAUGCCCCGCAAAGUAACAAAGCAGCUACAAUUUUCCAUCAUCAACACCAACAUCAAAUGUCAUCAAGUACGACGACGACAACAACAACAAAUGCUGGCUUAGAUUUGACUACAGCUGGUUGUCGACGCACAAUUCCAAUUACAGCGUGGACCACGUCGGCAGCAAUGUCGUACAAGCAUUCGCAGUACCUAAAACUAGACGAUAAAAAUAGAUCAGGUGCAACAGCGGCAGCAGCCACACUUACAGCUGCACAUCAACAAAUUGUGCAGAUAAAACGUGAAAUACCUGACGUUCCGAAUAAUUAUCAACAACAUCACAAUUUUAUUACAACAACAACAAAUAACACCAACAAUCAUGCAGCUGGAUUACGUCAAACUGCUGUAGUAAAAUUCGAACGUCAAAGUAGUCGUAGCGACAACACAAAAGCUAACCUUACGACAACAAUUACAAAUAAUUCCGUCACAAUUAUGGAUGGAACAAAUAUCGCGACAGGACAAACUACAAUUCCCGUUGGAAUCGCGGUCGCGCGACAACGAUUACAAGAAACGGCCCAAGCUACAUCGCCGAUUCUUAAACCGGAUAUAAGUCGGUACGGCAUCGGACUAAGUGAUUUAACAGGUUGUACAACUCCAAGUUUGAGCCAAAGCAUGUACUUUACGGGAACGAAUUCGACAAUGCUACCCUUGUCUGAUGCAAUGACAAUGGGCGUGUCAACGAGACAAACUCCUACACUUUGGCAAUAUCCAAGUGCUACCUUACCAAUCGAGCCAAUUUUACCGUCACCUGUCGGCUAUCAAUUGAUGAGGGAACCAAGUACUGGACAGUUGGUUAUGUUACCAUCCACAACCACAAUAGAGAAAGUUUUAUGUAUGUCUUAUGCUACAGAACCAUUCCAACCAACUGUUGUCUGGCCCCAAUACACACAAGCAACAGCAGCCUACACGAGUCAACCAUCACAACUGAUGCUCCCGCCACAAAUGUCACAAGCAUUACAGCCCCCGCCUCUUGCGCCGCUUCAACUUUUAGGACCGGAUUAUUUGGCGAGUGCUACUUUGCAUCAACACACUCAAACCCAACACACGAGAUUAGUCGCUCUCACAGCUGACGGAAAACGAAAGACUGCAAACGGCAUGCCGCUUCCCCUCACAUCGCAUGCCUUCGUAAAGAUCGAAGAUAUGAGUGCGGGCGGUAUGUCGCCUCAUCAGUCGUUAUUUGAACCGGAAAAGUGUUUGCAAUCGCAAUUUGCCGCUGCAAUGGCAGGUCAAACUGACAUUCAAGGUCAAAUUUUCUACCAACAUCCGGCGAAUUUGAUUCAAAUCGCGCCGCAAAACCAAACGACGACAAUUAUGGAGUCAAGUACGACAGAAUGUCGCCCAUUGUCGCCUGUCGUGCAUCAUCCAUGUCUCACACCGCCUCCUGAAGAGCCUCAAAAUGACAUUCAUCACGAUGACGAAAGGCAUCAUCAAACAAUUUUGCCGGAUGUACAAGACGCCAACAUCCAAACGAGUCCCGUGAUGAGCGAAGAGGAGAAUUCGAACGACGACGACACUCAAAACUCCGCCGCCGUACCCGAAUCGACGACAUCUCAAGAUGGCGACAUGUGCAUGAGUAGUACAUUUUUGCAAAAUCAUCAUUCGGAAGACGCAAAUGCGGAAAGUUGCGUCGUAAGUUCGUCCGAAACAAUUGUGCCAACGAUAAAACCCAAAGUAGAAGUAGUUACGCCCGAGAAAUGUGUGAUAUUCCCCAGCAGAUUUGCCUCUUCGUUGAACGAGAGCAUAUCGAAUAACAAUAAUAACGCAACAGCGCCCUCUGGAUGUGAUGUAAGCGGCUUAGAAUUACUCUCGCGGAGCAUUGAAGUCUUUCACAAGAAAACUACGACAACUGUCGCUCCCGCAAACAUCAAAUUAGAGCCUCUGAGCCCGCAACCAGAACCUUCUUGUCUCUCUCCAACAGUUCCGCAUCAUCAAAUGCAGCAACAGCAUCAACCGACGCACUCAGAUCUCGGCGGAUUGAACUUACUUUGCGCUUUAGCUGAACAAAGAUUCCAAGAAGAAGUCGGCAGUGACGCGAAUUGCAAGAAAAGUAGCCCCUCAUCGUCUUCCAUGGAGGAUUACGAGGCACGAAAACGCAAACAUAAGCAUUCCAGUUCGAAGAAAAGCAGCAAACGAUCGAAACGUGAACGAUCAGGUGAUCGAAAACGCAAACGGUACAACAACGACGACGAUCGCAUCAAAAGUUCCUUCCAUCGAAUCAAGCAAAAGUACUCGAAAUGCUCGUGCCCUGACAGACACGACGACGGGCAUCGUUGCCAUCAAAGCAACUGGCCCACGACGGAGCACAUUAUCAGCGUAAUGGAGACAGAAGUCAAAGAUCGUCUCAUUACGAUGAUGCGGAAACGCGAAGAAGUCAAACGCGAAAUUGUGAUGGCCAAAAAUUUAAAAGAUAUCAAAACUCUGUCUUCGGAUCGUGAAUCCAGUGCCACGCCCCCUUCGCUUAUCAUGAAACCAUCGUCGCUAUCGAAUCUCCCGAGCAUGAAAUUCAGCUCGAUUCCCGCUUUGUCGCCGAAUUUUUCAUCUUCGAGCAAUUCGAGCACUACCAUGGUUGAGAUCCCCAAAGUUUUGAGUGAUACUGACUCGAGUAAAUUCGACGAACAAGAAACCAGUUCGUCAGAAAGAUCGAGUAAACGUAAGGGCGGUACCCCAAAAAGGCAUGACGAUAGCCCAAAUACCGAAACAAUCGUCGCGAAAAAACCCAAAUCGCUCAUCGGGUACAUUUUAGCGUCGAAAGAUCGCGUCUCCGAUACCAAUGUGAAAGGCAUGGUUUAUGCCAACAGCAUGGAAGAGAUGAAAAUGAAGAAUCAUAAGCAGUAUGCGUCGCCAAGUCUUGAAUUAUAUACCACAGAUAGCUCUGAUAGUUCCUACAAUAAAGCCAAGCAACCGUCUGCCUUCAAGUAUGAGCACGAUGAUGACAGUUCGAAGCCAUCCUCGAGUGCUUUUAGUAUUUUCGGCGAUAAAAAUGAGCUGAAGAAGGCACAUAAGCGACGACAUGACAAACGAAAGAAGACCAAAAAGCAACUAAAGGAGAAGAGGAAGAUUGAUGCAAGAUGUAUCUUGAAGCCACAUCAGCUGGAUCAAGAUAAAUUAAGGGUUUUGACGUCGAUGGGAGGUCUUUUUUAUGCCGGAUGUCUCAGUGCCAUUCAAGCCCCGGAUAUUUAUGCCGUUACGUUAGACGGUGAACGAGGAAAUCGACCACAUAUCAUGUCGCGAGAGGAGAUUUUGAGAGAUGCGAUCAUGGAAGUCGCUCCACGCAGUGCCGAAGAACUUCCCAUUGGCACCCGAAUUUGCGCUUAUUGGAGUCAACAAUAUCGCUGUCUCUAUCCCGGAACUGUUACCGCGCCAAGUAGUCCUGAUUCCGAUAACGAGGGAAAAUUCGUGAAUGUUGAAUUCGAUGAUGGCGAUAAUGGGCGCAUCUCUAUCGAAGACAUCCGUUUCCUGCUAAGCAAUUACCCGAUAGUCGUCUCGUAUCCUAUAGAGUACGAUGCCGAUCCGUUGGACCGCAAGGGAAAGCAGAAACGAGCUCCAAGUACCACACUUCUCGAGCACGAUCACAUUUUGCCCGCCUGUUCGAACAUUUUCAACGCGACAUGUGUGCUGAAUCGCAACGAAGUCGACGCUUACCGAGAAGAACGCAAAAAACUCAAGAAAAUCCACAAAGAACGCGAACGCGAGGAAGAACGGAAACACCGCAAAAAAUACAAAUGCAUCGAGGACGAGUGCAAACACAAGAAACACAAAAAACGCCGAAAGCACAAGAAACAUCAUCAUUUGUCGAAGGAAGAAGCUGUCGAUGGACAUAUCUCGCCCGAUGACAGUGUCUCGCAAAUCGGAAGUUUUUCGCAGUUGCCCAUGAAUGGCAGCAGUACGUUAACAAUUGAACCAAAAAAUGCUGAAAAUGUCGCCGCAAAAGACGAUACCGAGGAGGAAAAUGGAUCUACUGUCACCGAAAGUUCAGGCUCUCUAUAUCAACCAAAAUUCUUGAAAAAAGCAACUUGUCAACAAGGAACGAGCGAAUCAAGUAAAAUCGCAGCAUUUUUGCCAGCGCGCCAAUUAUGGACAUGGCAAGGAAAAGGUUUUAAACGCUCAACUGGUAGAGUAAAGAAACAAUUUUACAAGACCAUACAGCGAGGAAAAGAAACGAUUUCGGUUGGCGACAGUGCAGUUUUUUUAUCGACGGGACGACCAGACAGACCAUACAUUGGACAUAUUGAGUCAAUGUGGGAGACAGCAGCGAACAACAUGGUCGUCCGUGUUAAAUGGUUCUAUCAUCCUGAAGAGACCGAAGGUGCUCCAAACAUGAAAUAUCCCGGUGCCCUUUUCGAAUCUCCUCACGAAGACGAAAACGACGUGCAAACCAUCUCGCACAAGUGUGAAGUGCUCCCAAUUGAUGCAUAUACCGCCAAAUUCGGCGAUGACCCGAAAAAAUACAAGUCGAUCUAUGACAACAAUGACACCUAUUACAAAGCUGGCUUUUACGAUCCAACCCCGCGACGCAUCAAAAUGGAAGAAAACAUUCCCGUUCUUGCGGAAAAUGAGACAUGGGCCUAAAUUUAAUUAAUUAAUUUAAUACUUGUGAUGAAAUUCAAAAAAAAAUACCCAAAAAUUUUACAAAUCGAGAAAAUUGUGAAACUGAUGAGCUAAAGAAAUUUGUGUUUUUCAAAAAAAUUACAAAUCGUUAAAAUUAAGGAAUGUGUCAAAGACAAAAAAUGUAAAUAAAUAAAAAAAAAAUAUCACAUUAAUAUUUAAGAAAAUUGUAAAUGUUUGUAGAAAGUUCAAUUUAAAAUAAUAAUUAAAAAAAAUAUAUCACUAAAUUAUCGUUAAAUCAUAAAAACACACAAAAAAUAAGAAUGUACAUAAAAAAAGAGAUAAGUGUAUGAAAAAUUUUUGGAUAAACUUAUUUUUUACACGAAAUUUGGAUACGAAAGCCCAUUUUGGAAGGUACUAUGAAAUAUGUAAAAAUUAUAUAUUAAAUAAGU